GAACAGUCUAUGACUCUAUUGAAAGCUUCACCUCACUUAUCCAUCUAUUUCAUAAUCACUCUCACUCACUCACUCUCCACAGGAAACUGAACAGAAAAAUGUCUAACACUAACUGUGCCACACUACUUCACACUUUCACAUCCAAAAAGCACAACACAUUCUUCACCAACAUCUACCUCCUCACCUUUGCCACUAUCCUCUGCACCCUCUUCUACCUCAUCGGCCUCUGGCACCACUCCCCCACCACCGCCGCCAUCGCCAUCACCUCCAUCCCCUCCCUCUGCUUACACCACGACAACACUUCCAUCCUCACCACCGCCCCCUCAUCCACCAAACUCGACUUCACCGCUCACCACCACCUCCCGGACCCACCUCCCACGGCGGCACGUGAGAUCCACCUCCCUCCCUGCGACCCCUCCCUCUCCGAGCACACUCCCUGCGAGGACCUAAAGAGGUCACUGAAGUUCCCCCGGAGCAGGCUUGUCUUCCGGGAGAGACACUGCCCGGCGCAGGAGGAGGUUCUCCGAUGCCGGAUUCCUGCGCCUUAUGGUUACCGGUUGCCGCCGCGGUGGCCGGCGAGUCGGGACUCGGCGUGGUACGCGAACGUGCCGCACAAGGAGCUGACUGUGGAGAAGAAAAAGCAGAACUGGGUCCACUUCGAAGGGGAACGGUUCAGAUUUCCAGGCGGUGGGACCAUGUUUCCACGUGGCGCAAGCGCAUACAUUGAUGACAUCGGGAAACUGAUCAAUCUCAGGGAUGGAUCUAUCAGAACCGCCAUUGACACCGGUUGUGGGGUUGCAAGUUGGGGAGCUUAUCUUCUGUCCCGUGACAUUUUAGCCGUUUCUUUUGCACCAAGAGAUAGUCAUGAAGCCCAGGUUCAAUUUGCUCUUGAACGAGGAGUACCUGCAUUGAUUGGAAUUAUUGCAUCAAUCAGGCUUCCUUAUCCUUCAAGAGCCUUUGACAUGGCUCACUGCUCACGUUGCCUCAUUCCCUGGGGCCAGUAUGAUGGUAUUUACUUGACUGAAGUUGAUCGAGUACUACGACCCGGGGGAUACUGGAUUCUAUCAGGGCCGCCGAUAAACUGGCAGAAACACUGGAAGGGCUGGGAAAGGACUGCUGAGAGUCUCAAAGAAGAACAGGAUGCAAUUGAGAAUGUGGCAAAAAGUCUAUGCUGGAAAAAACUAAAACAAAAGGGUGACCUUGCAAUAUGGCAGAAGCCCACCAAUCAUGCACAUUGCAAACUCAAACAGAAGAUCUUCAAGAAUAAACCCUACUGCGAGGCACAGGAUCCAGACAUGGCAUGGUACACCAAACUGGAUACCUGCUUGACUCCACUGCCAGAGGUAAACGACAUCAAAGAAGUUGCGGGUGGGGAAUUGACAAAGUGGCCUGAGAGACUAACUUCAAUUCCCCCAAGGAUUCGUAGUGAAAGUUUGAAAGGAAUAAAUGCUGAGAUGUUCAAAGAAGAUACUCAGUUAUGGAAAAAGAGAGUGGCAUACUACAAAACCCAGGACCCUCAAUUAGCAGAGCGCGGGAGAUAUCGAAAUCUGCUUGAUAUGAAUUCUUACUUGGGAGGCUUUGCAGCUGCACUGGUUGAUGAUCCAGUGUGGGUCAUGAACAUUGUCCCGGUUGAGGCUGAGAUUAACACCCUUGGCGUCAUAUAUGAACGUGGACUGAUUGGAACCUAUCAGAACUGGUGUGAAGCCAUGUCCACUUAUCCUCGAACUUAUGACUUCAUACAUGGUGAUUCAGUUUUUAGCCUCUAUGAAAACAGAUGUAGCAUGGAGAACAUUCUUCUAGAGAUGGACCGGAUUUUGCGGAUGCAAGGUAGCGUCAUUUUGCGCGAUGAUGUGGAUGUGUUGAUGAAGGUGAAGAGCAUUACAGAUGAAAUGCAAUGGGAUGCCAAGAUUAUAAAUCAUGAAGAGGGACCUUUCCAGAGAGAAAAGAUACUAGUAGCAGUCAAACAGUACUGGACAGCCCCACCACCAGAACAAAACCCAAACAGCAAGCGCUAGGUUGAUAUGCUCUCUUUUUUGUUACAUCGGAAAACAGGUUGAUAUGCUCUCUGGACUCAGGGUAGGUCUUUUUUUUUUUUAAUUUUCUCAGAAAUUUAAUUCUUUGAAAUCCCAAUUUUUUGGGUAAGGCAAUGUAUUAUUUUCUUCAUAAAAUUAAGGCUCCUUAAAAAUUUGAGGCUUAUCAGUUUUUUUUAAUAUUGAUGUAAAAAGAAAGUCUGUAAAUUGAUAAAACACGAAAGUUAAUUGUUAAAAGUAUCAACUGUAUAAAAUGUUUCUCGUACUCUCAA